AUGUCAUAUUCCAAUGCAACUGACUUCACCAACCCCUCCACCUUCAUCCUGCUGGGCAUCCCUGGCCUGGAGACGGCCCAUGUCUGGAUCUCCAUCCCCUUCUGCGCCAUGUACGUGAUAGCGCUCUUGGGGAACUUCACCAUCCUGUACAUUGUGAAGAUGGAGCCGAGCCUCCAUGAGCCCAUGUACUAUUUCCUCUGCAUGCUUGCUGCCACUGACAUGAUCCUGUCCACGUCCAUCCUGCCCAAAAUCCUGAGCAUCUUCUGGUUCAAUUCCAGGGAGAUCAAUUUCAAUGCCUGCCUCACCCAGGUGUUCUUCAUUCACUGCUUUGCAACAAUCGAGUCUGGGAUAUUGGCGGCCAUGGCGAUGGAUCGCUACGUGGCCAUCUGCCAUCCCCUGAGACAUUCCACCAUCCUGACAAAGUCUUCAGUGGCCAAGAUUGGUUUGGCCUCCUGCCCUAUCUUACUGACGAGGAGAUGGCCAUAUUGUAGAACCAACAUCGUCUCUGAGCCGUACUGUGUGCACAUCGCCGUGGUGAAGCUGGCCUGCAGUGACACACACAUCAGUAGUUCCUAUGGACUCUUUGUUCUGUUUUUCGUGUUAGGUCUGGAUGGCAUUUUUAUUGCCCUCACCUAUAUGCAGAUCCUCAGGGCCAUCUUCAGCCUCCCCACAAAGGAGGCUCGGCUCAAGACUUUUUUGACCUGUGGUUCACAUCUCUGCGCCAUCGCAAUAUUUUACAUCCCAACUGUUUUCUCCUCCCUCAUCUACCGUUUUGGACAGAACUUUCCCCUGCAUGUCCAUGUUCUCAUUGGCAGCAUGUACCUCUUGCUGCCCCCCGUGCUGAACCCCAUCAUCUAUGGGGUGAAGACCAAACAAAUAUGGGGCCGGCUGCUCAGGCUCAUUACCCAGAAAUAG